GGUAAUGGUGGUAAUGUCGGAGCAAGCGUCGUCCUGCGUUCAGUACGCGAUUUUUCUCGUUUGAAGUGAACUCUGCAUGCAAAUAUAUGUCGAGUACGUCGAAUCCAGCGACAGGCGAUCGUCGUGGAGCGUUAAUUAGCCUGUACGGUCGUGAUUACUAGACUUUCGGCAUUCGUAAAACCAAUCGCAUUCGUCGCAUCAUGUCGGACAUUACUCAGCGAAUUGACGAGCAUCAACGCGAAGUUGCCUCGUCUUUCUACGUACUUCGAGAACGUAGACGGUGUUAAAUCAAAUCACAAUUGUCGUAAUAAUUGUCAUGGAGUGUGUUAAUUAACGCACACGGUCGCGAUUCUACAUCUUUUGAUCCGAAAAAUCAACUGCGUCUGUUGCGUCGGAUACUAUGUUGAAAUUUUUUAAAUAUCGUGAAAUUGAAUAGUGUGAAAAUGCUUCUGCUUUCAGACUCCUAUUUCGGGUUUGUCGAGGAGUAUUAAGAAAUAACGGGCGAUCAUCAUGAAAAGCGCAUAUAACUGCGAGUUAACCUCUAAUUCGUUCUCUGACAACGAAGCUAGUCGCGCCUAUCGCGUUUGUUGCGUCCAUGGUGUCGCUCAAUCUUCGCAUCGGUGUGAAAUUAUCUCCGGCUUUCGAAUUUUUUAAACGUAUCUCGGAAGUGUCGAUAACGUCAGGAGUGUCGAAUAAAGUUACGGGCGAUUGUCGUAUUUCGCGUUAUUUAUUCGUUCGGGAAUGUAAGAUGUAAUCGCGUGACGGAUCCAAUGUAUCGCCGGUCGUCGUAAUGAUUAAGCUUGUCGGAUGAUAUCGCGUGUUAAAAACUCGGGAGUGUCGUAUAAAUUGACCAGUCGUUUUAUAAGUGAUAAUUAGUGCAACGUGUGUUCGGAACAACGGUACCUGCCAACGGGAUGCAACAGCGGGAUAUCAGCCGGCAGCAAAGAGAUCAAGGCCCAUAUAUCAAUCACCUCGAUAUCAAUGAUUUGCUGGCCAAUACAUUGCGAUGAUAAAACAUCGGCUGAAAACGAUCGGAUUAUUGGAGCAUCGAGGAUUCAUGCUGCGAUCGCAGAGUAUCACGAAUAAGCAGCGGUGAAUUUUUUUGGCAUAUUGAAUGCUACGGUUGCAGCUACGAAUGCGCCUGCCCUGCGAGACGCUCAGGACUCCUUCCCUUCCGCGGGAGCCGUGGAGACGCGGGGAGACGGAAGACAGAACGACGCCGGAAAGAUUGCAACCGGAAGUUUCGGUAUAACCUUGUCAGGAAGAAUCGGAGAAGAAUAAAUCUCCCAGCAGCGGGUUUUCUCGAGGGGGAAAAAAUAGCUUCGCCAAGUAACGAGGCGUUCUUCAAUAUUCAAAGUUUUCGUGCCUGAAGAGGAAUCACUGACGUAUGCAACAGGAACUUUGUGCUUAGAAGAUAUAUGAAUUGCAGCGGGACAUCGGCUGGAUGCAAAGAUUACUGUCUAGAGUUCCGAGAAAUACAAGAGACACAUCUUCUGUUACUACAACCACCCCGCUUUAUCGCAUCCAUUACAAAAGGAGCUUACGAAUGAUGGAUCUGAGGUGCAGUGGACGGAAGUGAAGUGCGAAGAUUCCAGUUUCAUAAUUCAGCUUAAUCAGUAAUAACUUAUUCAAACACAUUGUGGAAGCCAUAAAUAACUUCUGUGAUAAACGUUCGAUAUUUGCGGAGAUUUGGUAUUACCGCAGCCGUUAUCGUCACUUCCUCUCGAAAUUCAACAAUGAUAUCCCUUACUUAUAUUAUCCUCGGCGUAUCUUUCAUACUUUUUGCUUAUGUCUUUCGCAAAAAUUGUAAAACACUUCGACUUCCGCCGGGACCAACCGGUAUACCGCUACUCGGAUAUUUACCAUGGCUGGAUCCUCAACGUCCUCACGAGUCGCUAACGAAUCUGGCGAGGAAGUACGGCCCGAUUUGUGGACUACGAUUGGGCUCGGUAUAUACGAUUUUAUUGUCGGAUCCUCAGCUGGUAAGACAGGCCUUUGCCAAAGAUGCGUUUGCCGGCAGGGCUCCGCUUUACUUAACACAUGGAAUAAUGCAAGGAUACGGUUUAAUUUGCGCCGAGGGUGACCGUUGGAAGACUCAAAGAAGAUUCGUAGCCGAAUUCUUGAAGCAUCUUGGUAUGAAGUCAUCUGGCUUUAUGAGAGAUAAAUUGGAGGAGCGAAUUCUCGUGGCGGUGAACGAGUGCAUAUUGAAAUUAAGAAAUCGCUCUACGGAGAACGGUAUUGAUCCAUUGGAGACGCUUCAUCACUGCUUCGGUAAUGUAAUCAACGACCUCGUGUUUGGUAAAGUUUACGAGGAGGAUGACAAGGUGUGGAAAUGGUUGAGACAUUUACAAGAGGAAGGAGUCAAGCACAUUGGAGUUGCAGGGCCACUCAACUUUUUGCCAUUUCUCAGAUUUUUACCACGAUUUGGCAAGUUAAUAGAAUCACUUAUCGACGGCAAGCAGAAAACGCAUCAGAUAUAUCAGACGAUUAUCGAUGAAUAUCGUGUUCGUCGUGAAAAGACGGAUAACUUUCUUGCGGUUUUCGACGACGUAAUGACGGCCAAUACGGACAAUCCUGGACAUUUCACACAGCCGCAAUUUUAUCAUAUGUUAGCCGAUCUUUUCGGAGCAGGUGUCGAUACCACUCUUACAAGUUUCCGCUGGUUCCUACUCUUCAUGGCGGUAUAUCCGGACGAACAGAAAAAAGUUCAGGAUGAGAUGAACGAACUCUUGGGACAAAAGUUACCCAGUUUGGAGGACAGGCUGAUUUUAAUUCGACUGGAAGCAGCUAUCAUGGAGACACAAAGGUUGCGAAGCGUUGUGCCGAUCGGUAUUCCACACGGUACAAUAGAGAACACACAAGUCGGAGGUUAUGAUGUUCCAAAAGGGACCAUGGUCAUCCCGCUACAGUAUGCUAUUCAUACAGACUCAUCUUACUGGCAAGAUCCUCUUUCUUUUAGGCCCGAAAGAUUCAUCACUGAUGAAGGGGCUCUUGCUAAGCCCAAGGCUUUUUUACCUUUUCAAACAGGCAAACGAAUGUGCGUCGGCGAUGAACUGGCCAGAAUGAUGUUAUUUUUGUUCGCUGCGAGAAUUCUUCAUUCAUUUGCCAUCUCUACGCCAUCCGGCGCGCACAUCGAUCUGGAGGGCGAAUGCGGAAUUACUCUGGUUCCGAAACCGCAUCGGUUGGUUUUUACACCACGAGAAUAAAUUUACAUGCAUCUGCAUCAACGACAUUUUUUUUCAUUAACAUUAUUAUGUUAAAACUAAGAGUGCGCACUUCAGAAAUAUCUAUGUGUAGAUAUAUGCUUUACUUUAUCUUUUUACGUAAUAUAAUCUUUAUACGAUCUGACAUUAAAUAUAACAUUCAUAA